UCAGGUCAGUGCAGCACAGGAUUUAGUCACCGACGCGUGUGCCUACAGUACAGCUCUGCGCGGAUAAAAAUACGCGGCUAUGAAAAUACCCAAACAUAAAAAUAUCAGUGCUUUAUUUUCAUGUGAUUAUAAGAAAGUGCUACUUUGACUUCUAGUGUUUGAAUAGGAAUUACGAAUUACUAUAAUCGAAGAUAUCCCUACCAAUGUCACUAAGCGAUAAGCGACUCACCUAAAAUUUUAGUUUUUUUUUCUAAAAUGGAGAAUCAAAUUACAAAAGUAUGCUACCUCCUCUUGACGGUCGUCACCGUGACUUUGGGAACGAGUAACAGUUCCAGCUACUGUUGCUCCGGGGAUGAAGAAAUCUGGGUGGACGACAAUGGCUUCAACCAAUGCUUAGACACCAAGACGAAUGCGACAACGAAGAUAACCCUCGCGUGCUUUGACAACAUGACUGCGAUAUUGACGAACAAUUCCAACUUCCCGGUGAACUUGGGGAGGGUGGAAGACUGAUCAUCAUGGAAGAUGAACUGGCUGAGUUGACUAGUGUUGAAAAAGGCGAUUUCUGCCUUGGACAGCAGACAGACAACGGGACGCUUGUGCCGUCGGUAGUUCUAAUCUGCUUGGACGCGGAAGAAGAAGAGGUCGUGAGCGAAGAUUUGCUGGGAUACUUCUUGGCAGUGUCCAGUGUCUUCCUUGUGUUGACUGCUUUAGUCUACUUGGCCCUUCCAGAACUUAGGGACCUGCAAGGAAAAAGCAUAAUAAGCUUAUGCAUUAGUCUGGCCAUUGCCAACAUACUUAUGUGCAUACUGAAGGUGAUGACCUACGAGAAUAUGACGUGGUGUGCAAUCAGAGGAUUUUUUGCAUAUUACUUCAUAAUAUCAAGUUUCUUCUGGAUGAACGCGAUAGCUAUACAAAUUUUACUUAGCAUCAAGCGUUUAACAAUGUACAGUUACGACUGGAAGGAGUACUUAUGGUACGUCCUGUACGGCUGGGGUGUUCCCGCCCUCUUCACAAUUAUAUUGAUCAUCGUGAACUACACUCCGGGUCCACACGCGAAACCGGGGAUAGGACACACUCACUGCUGGUUCCAUGAUCUGCGUCGUAUAUGGAUCUACAUGUACAGUGUGAUGACGAUCCUGAUAGCGGCGAAUGUGGGCAUAUUCGUGUAUGCCUCCAUCUUCUUGUGGAAGCACACGUUCUCCUCAACACACUUAAAGGCCUUGCGAUAUAAGUUCACAAUGAUGUUGCGGUUGUUUGUGAUUAUGGGCCUACCGUGGAUAUUCGAGAUGGUAACGUCACUAACACCGGUUCACAUUAUUGGGGUGAUUCUGGACAUAAUCAACUGUCUCCAAGGCCUCAUAAUCUUCGUGAUCCUGGUGGUGUUUAGGCGGAGAGUGAUCAAGGCACUGCACAAGAGAAGAGCACUGUGUUGUCUGAACGACUGGGCUGAGCAAUACUUGGCGUUGAAGGACGACCAGGAAAACGAAAUAAUAGCGCAUACGAUAGUCAUGCCCAUGGAGGAUAAAUAACACAAUAUUUUAUUGACACAGAUUAAAAAUGGCAUACAAACGGAUAUGGGUACAAUGUUCGUAGGUACCACGGGAGUACAGUCAACCAAUGCAACCAAUGAAUCCUAGUCCUGUAGAACCUUUUCAUAGUAAACGUCAAUGUCACUUCUAUAGCAAAUAAUAGCAAGGUGUCAAUAAGACAUGUUUCUAGACUGGCCUAGGAUACAAAUUGGUUGACCGUAUCUAUCAAACUCGACAUUAGUCACGAGAGGAUCCCGGAUUGUGUUUCUUACCUAUUAAUAAAACACAUGAUGUUUUAUGAUAACGUAAAGGUUUUACAAAAACGGAAAGUCGACUUCUGAGCUCCAACAACCCAUUAUUUAUUGAUAACCACAUGUCAAUAUGUGAUUCCGCUCACUUUUACACAUUUCACUCCAUCCAGUCAUAAGCUGUUAUGAGCCAGUAAUUGAGCCAAAUCUUAAAUUAUUUACUACUAUUUUCUAUGUAGGUAUUCAUUGUAUGGUUAUAAUGAGACCUUAAUUGUACAUAUUUGGAUACUCGCCAUGUCCUCAUAUAUGAAGAGGACACGGCGAUUAUUUUUUAUUUUCGAAUAACUCCACAUUGUUUCCGACACGAAUACAGGAUCAACAAAUAUUAUAUUUUUAGAUGAGUUCAUCAGUGAUUAUUCUGAUUAAGUAUGAAAUCGUGCAGCCCGGAUAUACCUACAUAUAAUAUGUAUCUACCUAACCUACACCACUUUUUUUGCAUAAGUACUUAAUUUAGUUCAAUAGACCAUAAGCAUGACCACUAUGUUAAAAGGUAAAUAUUUAUGUCUGCUUGUAAAAGUCCUAAUUACAAUUUUGUUAUUGUUUGCAUGUUAAAAUCUGACAUUGAACUUGCACGAUUGCUUAUAAAAUAUAAGCAAAAUAAUACCUCGUACCUGACUAUUACUAACACAGUUGACUACUGUAUUAUUACUAAAUAAAUAAUAAUUUAAAUUAAAGCACAAAUGAAAUAAAUGCUACUUUUUAUGUUGUUAGGUAAUUUAA